AUGGAUAGUGUCUACUUCUACCGACCCACCGGCGCCUCCAAUUUCUUCGAUCCCCGUAUCCUCAAGGAAGCCCUCUCCAAGGCCCUUGUCCCUUUCUACCCCAUGGCCGGUCGCCUCAAGCGGGACGACGAUGGUCGCGUCGAGAUCCUAUGCAACGCUGCCGGCGUCCUCCUCGUUCUCGCCGACACCCCCUCCGUCAUCGACGACUUUGGCGAUUUCGCUCCCACUCUCCUCCUCCGCCAGCUUAUCCCCACUGUUGAUUAUUCCGGCCCCAUCGAUUCCUACCCGCUUCUCGUUCUCCAGGUUACCUUUUUCAAAUGCGGCGGAGCCUCCCUUGGAGUUGGCAUGCAGCACCAUGUGGCAGACGGAUUCUCCGGUCUUCAUUUCAUCAAUGCAUGGUCCGACAUGGCCCGUGGUCUUGACCUCACCAUUCCACCCUUCAUUGAUCGUACCCUUCUCCGUGCUCGCGACCCGCCUCAGCCAGCGUUCCAUCACGUCGAAUACCAGCCUCCCCCUAGUAUGAAGAACCCUGUCGAUCCUUCCAAAGCAGGCCCUGACAACACCACCGUCUCCAUUUUUAAGCUGUCACGUGACCAGCUCAAUGCUCUCAAGGCCAAGUCCAAGGAGGAGGGGAACACCAUCAACUAUAGCUCUUACGAGAUGUUGUCAGGUCAUGUCUGGAGAUCAGUCUGCAAAGCGCGGGGACUUGCUGAUGACCAGGAGUCCAAACUCUACAUUGCAACUGAUGGAAGAUCGAGGCUGCGCCCCCCGCUGCCACCCGGUUACUUUGGCAAUGUCAUAUUCACUGCAACGCCAGUUGCCGUGGCUGGGGAUCUUCACUCCAAACCCACAUGGUAUGCGGCAGGACAGAUUCAUAAUGCGCUGGUCCGCAUGGACAAUGAGUAUUUGAGGUCAGCUCUUGACUACCUGGAGAUGCAGCCUGAUCUCUCGGCUUUGGUCCGUGGUGCGCAUACCUUCAAGUGUCCGAAUCUGGGGAUAACCAGCUGGGUCAGAUUGCCCAUCCACGACGCGGACUUUGGAUGGGGCCGUCCCAUAUUUAUGGGACCUGGUGGCAUUCCCUACGAGGGAUUGUCGUUUGUGCUGCCAAGCUCUGCCAACGAUGGAAGCUUAUCUGUGGCCAUUGCUCUCCAGACUGAACACAUGAAGCUCUUUGAGAAAAUCUUGCAUGAUGAUAUAUGAGGAAGAGAGUCCAUCGGGUGCCAGUGCUAACUCCUCUUCAAGACAAGUUUCAUCAACUAUGUUGACAUAAAUUGUGCAGCUCUACACAUUGGAUCCUUCUGUUCCGUUUUGCGCACCUAACUGUUUAUGUUGGUGAUAAGUGUUGUGCCCUUUUGGACUAUGAUUCUGAUGAACACAUUCUGUUUGUGCAAUGGUUAUAUGUAUUCAUGCUUUCUCCACAGCGAUUGAUCAAAUUGGCACUGUUAGGUCUUUCCUGCU